AUGAAAAAGGACCAUCUUGCCUUCAACUUCCACCGAAAGGACUUAGAACUUAUACUAGAAUCCAGCACACCCAGAACUGCUGCAAAGAGCCCUCUAAGCAAGACUCCUUCAGCUCCUAAGUCAGCAAUCUCCCCACAAUCUGACAACCGAGUAAAGCAAAGUUUUAAGUAUCUCCCAGAUUUAGAAUCUCCAAAUAAAUCCUUAAAUCUCGAAGGAAUUUCUUUCAAUUCUCCCUCAAGCGAUUCCCUUCUUAAGCAGCUAAAGUAUAUUGAAGAAGAAAGAAAUUCUUUAAGAGCCGAGCUAAACAAAUACAAAGACGAAAAUAGAAAAUUGGCAAAAAUGAAUAAAGAAUUAAGAUUUAAAAAUUCAUUUCAGCAGACAGCAAUCGAUAAUUUGACUAUGGAUUUGAAGAAAUUAAAAUAUACUAGAGGAUCAGUAUCCAAUACUGAUUUUAUUUGAAAAGCGACAAAUAAAUCGAUGUCGAGACCCGUAUUCCGCUCAAAAGAGUUCGAUAAUAGGUUGAGUUCUCCACAGUUUAGAAAUUCCUCAAACGAUUAUAGUGAGGAUGUAGGAAACAUAAGCGCAACGCUUCACGAAAGAAGACUGAGGCUAAAACAAGCAACAAAAAACUUUUACUACAAGCACUGAGGGGCAAUUUUGAUUGAAUUUACUAUUAAUUUCUAUUAUGCUGGCUUCAUAGUUAAUAAUAUUUAUCUUUCAUAUUUACCACCAAAAGUAAAUUUGGAAUUCCUUGAUUUUCCAUAUUUUCGAAAUAAUGAUAUUUUUUUCUUUAAAAAUGCAACUUAUUUUGCUUCUCUUAUUAGCCACAGCAUUUGGGAAGUUGAUUACAAAUACUAUCACUUUGACCCCAGAAAAUAA